AUAUUUUCAAUUUAUUUAUAAAUUAAUAAAUAGAAAUAGAAAAAACCUAAUCACAAAGGUCGAACCUUGGAAUUCAUCUUCUUCUGCAAGCGAUUCUCCUCUCCAGAAAUUCAUAAUCAAGUUGGGAUUUGAGUUCGAUAAUUUGAUUGACAAGCGUAGUUAUGAAACCAAACAAUUAAGCUUCUGAGUUUCUGGAAAAAUUUAGAGACACACUGUUGGAGUGUUCUUUGUCUUUUGUGGUGGAGAGGAAUUGAAACGUUGAAUUUAGGGUUUUUUGUAACUAUUUGUAAAGCUGGAGAGGCACAGGGGAGACCGUUAUGGAGAUAACGACAUCGAUGACCAAGAAUCUCACUCUUACUAUGGUGGUGUUCGUAACUCAAGAGCUCCUUCUCGCUUCUCAGACGGUCCUAUGAAUCAUUAUAAUCAUAACCAUAAUCCUCGCCGUAGCCCCAACAAUUUUCGGGGUCCCACACACCGUAAUUUUGAUAGCCCUCCGCACCGUUCUUUUCCUGGCGCCGGUGGAGGGUUCCGCCCGGUGGGAGGGGAUGGAGGAUUUGGGGGUGGUGGUGGAGGGUUUUCUUCGAGUUACCAGGGUCCGCCGCCUCUUUCUGGACAGAAAAGAGGGUUUCCUUUUUCUGUCCGUGAAGGUUCUCCUGAAGGAUCUGAUAAAGGCAAUUAUGCUAAACUCUUUGUUGGGUCAGUUCCGAGGACCGCCACCGAGGAAGAUAUUCGCCCUUUGUUUGAAGAACACGGAAAUGUGGUAGAGGUUGCUUUGAUUAAAGAUAAAAAAACAGGACAACAACAAGGUUGCUGCUUUAUAAAAUUUGGAACAUCAGAAGAAGCUGACAGGGCUAUUAGAGCCUUACAUAAUCAACAUACUCUUCCUGGGGGAGUGGGUCCUAUUCAAGUUCGAUAUGCUGAUGGCGAACGAGAGCGCCUUGGCGCGGUAGAAUACAAAUUGUUCGUGGGAUCUUUGGACAAGCAAGCGACAAAAAAGGAUGUUGAGGAAAUAUUCACACAAUAUGGUCGAGUUGAAGAUGUUUAUCUCAUGCGUGAUGAGUUGAAGCAAAGUCGCGGAUGUGGAUUUGUUAAGUACUCUCAGAGGGAGAUGGCAUUGGCAGCUAUAAAUGCUCUUAAUGGUACCUAUACAAUGAGAGGUUGCGAUCAACCAUUGACUGUUCGGUUUGCUGAUCCUAAAAGGCCCAGGCCUGGAGAUUCAAGGGUUCCUGCAUUUGGAGGCCCAGGUUCAGGGCCUCGAUUUCAAGGUCCGGGGCCCAGACCAGUACCAAAUUUUGGUGACCCUAUGAGGGAUCGAAAUGCUUGGGACCCAAUGAGUCCCACAAACAUGGGUCCAUCAUCUAAUGCUAAUAAUUAUGGCUUUGGAGGCCAGGUGCAUCCAAGGUCUGCUGACAUGGCUUUGCCUGUGACGAAUUUUAACCAGUCUAUGCCACAAGUAGCUCCAGUUAGUCAACAAAUAUCUCCAUCACAAAAACCUCUUCAAUCACCUCAGCAAUUGCCUCCUUCCUUUCAACUCCAUUCGCAGAUACCAGCUCCUUAUUCACAAGCACAAACCACCGUUGCAUCACUGCAGCAGCAGCACGUUGGUCAGCCACGUGCACCUUAUUCUUCUGUUCAAAUGCCCAUGAGUCAACCACUGCCAUCCCAGCAGUUGCACGGUUCAAAUGGUCUGCAAUCUAUUCCUCAACCUCAGAUCCAGCAGAGUGCCAACCCCGGCACUGUACAGCAACAACAACAACAACUUCCUCAACCUCUUCAACAAUCUUCUUCUUCGCAUUUAGCUCAGAUGAUGUCACAACAAAAGCAAGCUCUUCAAGCAAGCUUUCAGUCUUCUCGGCAGGUAGUCUCUCAGCUGCAACAGCUGAUGCAACCACCAAAUCAAGGUUCGAUCUUGCAGCAGACUACUCAGGAUAUCAAGCAGCAGCAGCAGCAGCAGUGGCCUGGGAAUGUUCCGCAGGCAGCGACCAGCAUGGUUCCAGCUACAAUAUCUGUAGAUGUGCCUUCAUCCACAUCUGCUGCUACUCCUAUUCCUCCGACGAACCCUGUAAAAUGUUCCUGGACAGAGCACACCUCUCCAGAUGGAUACAAAUACUAUUACAGUAGUGUCACUGGUGAAAGCAAGUGGGAGAAACCCGAGGAGCUGAUAUUGUUCGAGCAACAGCAACAGCAGCAGCAGCAAAAGCCAUUAGCUGUGCAGCCUCAUUCCCAGUCACUUCCUCAACUUCAAACUUCCCAACAAAUUUCACAAACACCGCAGAUACAGCAUCAAACACAGUUCCAAAUGCAGCCUCAACAGCAGCUGCCACGGCCUUCUUUAUCUUCGACUUAUCAGGCUUCGGGAAUGAUGGGUCAUCAAAAUAUGCAGGGGCAUCAGCAGCAUGCUCAGGAGUGGAUGUGGAAGAACAAACCGGCAGGUUCUUAUCGAUUCCCCACCGGUUCAGGAGCUUGAAGAGAGUUUGAGGUGGCACGAGAGCGAAAAUGGCAUGGCGGGCAUAAAGUUUUGAGCUCUUUUAGCUCUUGAAAUUCGACAUGUAACGAUAAUGUUACUUAGUUCUUCUCAUUAUUGUUGAGCUUUUUACAGUGCAAAAAUUAACCCCUACCCCUUAGUAGUGCCAUUUGUAGUAACAUUAGGUAAUAGAAAAUACAAGUUAUAUCUUUUCCAAUUCACUUUGUAACAUAAAAAUAAUUUGGUCAUAAAUAUUAGAUAGUUAUUUAGUUCCAA